AGUAUUCACUAAAUUUAUUUCAGCUCUUGAAAGUUGAUUUAUUUUUUCCAGCUGCCUGAUUUCUUCUACAGUUGAUGUGUAAUUGAAGCGGUCAAUGUUAAAAGGGGUUGUGAAAGAUGGCAGACCAUACUGAUGAGAAGCCACCUGCUCCACCAGUUAGGUUAACCAGCACAAGGGACUCCACAGUUGCAGUCGACAUGCGGCCUUUACCAAAAGAACCUGACAGUGAAGAUAAGAAAAAAGUGAAGCUAAAAGCUUCAAAAAGUACAAAGAAAGAGAAAAAAGAAAUGCCCAUUAUAUCACCUCCUACAAAUUUUGAGCAUACAGUUCAUGUUGGCUUUGAUGCUGUCACUGGGGAAUUCACUGGUAUGCCAGAAUCCUGGGCUAGACUGUUACAAAGUUCUAACAUUACCAAAUCAGAACAAAAACAAAAUCCCCAAGCAGUUUUGGAUGUUCUGAAUUGGUAUGAUGCUAGUACCAAAGAGAAACAAGAAUCUAAAUACAUGACUAUGAACAAAACAUAUGGAGAUCCCUCACCUCGACCAAGCUACCUUGCUGAUAAAUAUGCAAUCAAUGCCAUUGUUCCUUCUCUACCAGUAUCUCCUACUCGAAAGCUAGAACGGACUCCUCCGACGACACCUGAAGAGGAGCCAGAAGAGCCUGAACCACCCCCACCACCUGUUGCUGCUAGGCCUGAGAAAACUAAAUCUAUUUAUACAAAACCCGUGGAUGAUGAAGUCAAGAAUAAAGCAUUGGGAUAUGACAGGAGGGACAUUGCCAAUAACAACAAUGCCCCUGCAACAAUGACACCAGCUCCCACAACAACUUCUUCCGUGAAAACAAGGAAAAAGUUAUCUGAAGCAGAGUUAGUUGAGAAAAUUAAAAGUUUAGUUUCUGUUGGGGAUCCUAACAGGCGUUAUACCAAAAUGGAAAGGAUUGGCAUCGGUGCAUCGGGCACAGUGUACACGGCCAUAGAGUCAGCAACUGGAAUGGAGGUGGCUAUAAAGCAAAUGAAUUUACCUCAGCAACCAAAGAAGGAUCUGAUUGUGAAUGAGAUUUUAGUCAUGAAGGAAAAGAAACAUCCCAACAUCGUAAAUUAUCUCGACAGCUACAUUGUUGGAGAUGAGUUAUGGGUCAUAAUGGAGUACUUACCAGGUGGCUCAUUGACUGAUGUUGUGACUGAAACUUGUAUGGCUGAAGGUCAAAUAGCAGCUGUUUGUAGAGAAGUUCUUCAAGCAUUGGAAUUUCUGCAUUAUAAUCAAAUAAUUCACAGAGAUAUCAAGAGUGAUAAUAUUUUAUUAGGAUUGGAUGGAAGCAUUAAACUUACUGAUUUUGGUUUUUGUGCUCAAAUCUCGCCUGAGCAAAGCAAAAGGACAACAAUGGUGGGAACGCCUUAUUGGAUGGCACCAGAAAUCGUGACACGUAAGCAGUAUGGACCCAAGGUGGAUAUCUGGUCUCUGGGUAUUAUGGCCAUUGAAAUGAUUGAAGGUGACCCACCCUAUAUGCAUGAAAGCCCUCUCAGGGCGUUAUAUCUAAUAGCAACUAAUGGAAAACCGCAGCUAAAAGAAAAAGAUAAGAUUUCCCCAAUAUUUCAAGACUUCCUCGAUAAGUGCCUAGAAGUUGAUGUGGACAAUCGGAGUACUGCUGAUGAAUUACUUAAACAUCCAUUCCUCAAGUUGGCUCAACCUUUAGCAAGUCUAUACGAUUUAAUAAUGGCAGCAAAAGAGGCAGUGAGAUGUAAAUACAAGUAAAGAAAUAAUUCAGCUAUCAUCUAACUCACUAAAUUAUGUGCCUCAGGGUUUAAAAAAAAAAGAUUCUUUUUUAAGAGCAGCUUUCCUACAAUGAAAUAUAAGGCUGUAACAUCAACUACCGUGAGUUUUUGUGAUAUAUUUAAAAACAUUUUUAGUAACUGCAAAUAUAUGAGUGUGGAGGUCUCCUGUAAUGUACAAAGAAACUAUUUUAAAAGUUGUGAGUGGACUAUUAAAAAUGUUAAAUGUUUGCUUUUUUAAAGGGACUGGCUGAACACUUCACUGCAAAAUGAGCUUAGUAUCCUCCAUUAUUGCUGAUCAUGUACAUUCUAAAUUCCACUUGCUUAACAUUCAUGGUCCUUUUUUCUUUGCUGUUUUUGUGAAAGAAAAAUAAUAUCCAAUUAUUAAAUACCCCCCCCCCCUCCAAAAAAAAAACAGUACGAGAUUAAAAAGAACAAGUAGGUACAAAAUUACAUACAAUUUUCCUGAAUAUAUAAACAGGGUAUCUGAGUACCUGGAAAGUCAUGAGAAAUCAUGGAAAGUCAUGAAUUUCGGUAUUGAACAAAAUUUGUCAUGAAGUGUCAUGAUUUUAACUAUUUAAAAAAAAAAAAAAUCAUAGAAAGUCACAGAUUUAGGUCGUCAAAAAAUCUAAUUUUUAAAAUGGAAUUCCCCCUCCUCCUCGAAUUUCAUGGUGUUCUGAAUAUCUGAAUUUGUAACAAAAUCCCCACUCAGUCAUAUUUUAUUAAAACAUAAAAUCUUAUCCUGUUCUUUAAAAAUUAUGGUGUUAUUUCAAAAAAUGAAAGAAAAAACAUCAUUUCUAGAGCGAAUUAUCUUCUAUACUUCUGUGAUUUUUGUUAUUUUUAUUUUAUUUUAUCAAUUUAAAAUUCUAACUAAAGCAAGCCAGUCAUUGGCGAUAUUUUUUUAUUCCGAAAUGAUAUCAGAAAACUCCGUAAUAUUUUUUCCCGACGAACGAGAAAAGUAUCUUUGGAAUAUGAUUCUGCAGAAGAAAAAAAUUAUUUGCUUUUGUAUUUUUUUUCCACUUAUUUUAUUGCUUCAACUCUUUUUUUUCUUUUUUACUUUGUUUUUUUAAAUUUAAAAUCUAUGAAUAUAAAGAUGCGGAGUAUAACAGUUUUGGUUACCCCUAUCAUUUCAAUUAGUGUUAUUAUAACGCUUUUUUUUAAAAAAUUUAUUGCUCUGUUUUUGUCUGGAGAAAAUAGUAACUUUGUUAAGUCUUGAAAAGUUCUUGGAAUGAGUCAUGAAUUUGAAAAUUUAAAAUGUAGCAGAUACCCUGUAUUAGUUUUCUUACAGAAUGGUCAUUUUUCAUUUAUUUUAUUCAGAACUCUUAGUGCCAUAUUGUCUGUGAUGAUAAAAAUGAUUUGCAUUAAAGUGACAAAUAAUAGUAAAUACUUCCACACAAUAAACUUGAAGUGUUAAGUCAUUUCCUCUCUCUCUCCUGUUGGCUUUUAUGAUCUUGUAUAAAAUAUUAAUUAGUUUUCACUGUCAGAAUGAGAUUAUUAAACAUAGUUUAUUUUCCAACUUC